GUGGCUGCGCUGGGGUGCUCGCGUUCGCUGUUAGCUAGCUGCUGUAGUUGCCAUGGAGCCGGCCGGGCUGUGCGGCUUCUGCCCAGGCGGGGAAGCCCAGCCAGCGCGCUACACCUGUCCACGCUGUAAUGUGCCCUACUGUUCGCUGCGCUGCUAUCGGGCGCAUGGUGCCUGCGCCGAAGACUUCUACCGUGACCAGGUGCUGAGAGAGCUCCGCGGCCGCAGCGCCUCGCCUAGCCGCCUAGCAUGUGCUCUACGCCGGCUGCGCCAGCAACGCGAGACAGAGGACGACCCCGAGGAGGCAGGCCUGAGCACUGGCCCGGCACCCGGCGGCCUUUCCAGACUCUGGGAAGAGUUGGCACCCGCGGAGAAGGCGGCCUUCGAGCGGUUGCUGAGCCGCGGCGAGGCCGGGAAGCUGCUGCCUCCGUGGCGGCCGUGGUGGUGGGACCGUGGGGCCGGGCYGCGGCUUCUGGAGGAGUUAGAUGGUGUCCCCAGCAGUGAACCUGUGGAGCUAGAACCCGCCCCCGCGGAGCCAGUUCCUGGAGACGCCCCCAGGGCCUGUAGGCCCUCAGUGCCCACCCACAUCCCUGCGCUGGCCAGCCUGAGUCGCUGCCCACCCUCGCCGCUCGUGCGCUUCCAGCUCCCCAACGUGCUGUUCGCCUAUGCGCACACUCUAGCCCUUUAUCAUGGCGGGGACGAAGAGCUGCUCUCCGACUUCUGUGCCACGCUGCUGGGCGUUUCUGGAGCCCUGGGCGCCCAGCAAGUCUUUGCUUCUGCGGAGGAAGCCCUGCUGGCUGCAGCCAGCGUGCUAGAAACCAGCGAGCACCCACCAGGGCCCCUGGGUACACGGGGUGCUAUGCAAGAGGCCGCCCGCAUCCUGCUGGGUGAGGGUCCCGCCAACCAGAAAGGCUACACGCUGGCUGCAUUGGGGCAUCUAGUGCAGACACUGGGCAGGGCCAGGAAACAGGCCGUGGCUAGAGAAGAGCGAGAUCGCCUCUACAAGGCCCGGAAGAAGUGCCAAUUUCUGCUGGCCUGGACCAAUGAAAAUGAGGCUGUCCUAACACCAUUGGCUUUAGACUGCACCAGGGCCCACCAAGCCCACACGGUGGCAGCAGAGGAGGUGGCAGCCCUCACUGGGGAGCUAGAGCGCCUUUGGGGAGGCCCUGUGCCACCUGCACCGAGGACUCUCAUUGAGGAGCUCCCUGGCUGACCUGGGGACCCUUGUUAUUAAUAAAGCUG